CUCGUCGUGGAACACCCCGCGGGGAGCCUUAUUCUGCAAGUUGUAAAAAAUUAAUGAGAGAGAGAGAGAGAGAGAGCCCGGCGUGUCUCUCUUUUAAAAGGCCCGCUUUACGGCGGAUGAUUCAAGGCGAUAUCUUAAGAGGCACUGCUUAAAGCUUCCACUGUGCGACUACAAGCUCGUCCCAGGCUAGACUGUCUUGUAUUUAAAAGCGCGGCGCGCAAGCAGCGACUAUGAAUACCGCUCUUAUAUAGCCGACUGCAAAAUCUUGCUCAUGCUAGAAUAGAGCGGAGUUGCCCAGCGUGAAAAAUCACCGAGCGACCGGCUUGCGCGCACGCGAGGACGCUCAUAUUCCUAAGAAAUCACAGUCCUCGCGGCGCGACGUGUGACAUUCGCGAACUCCGUGUGACGUACUCCGAUGUACUCGAAGGGCCCACGUCUCGGCCGCGACCGAUGAUCGACGUCGACGACGUGGCUCAUCAAGACCCGCGACUAACGACGUCGCCCCGAUCCGCGCCGGUGGCGGCUCCGCUCGUGCGGGACGUCACGUUGAAAUGUAAUUCAGAUGCUCAUUGAUCCACGAGGGACCGAGAGCGAUCGAGAGAUCCGUUGGGAAGGAUUUUCGAUCCGGUCGAGCGGCUGAUAGCUUCCGUUCGGUCCUCGUCGCGAGCAUUCGCCGGAUUUCCGAACGAUAGAAUGUGCAGCUGAGCGGUAUGACGGGCCACUCGCUGGUGAUCAUAUGCUGCUACUUGUACACCCUGCUUGACACGGCCGCCCCGCACUUCUCGAAGCUGGAGUUUGAUGAAUACGGGAAAAAGGAGGCCUCGUUGUCGCUGAAGGACAUCCUGCCUUUGAAUCCGAAGCAGUACGACAAGCACAGAGCACCGAAAUUCCUCGGGCAGCCCACCAUCGUUUAUUUUCACGUGACUGUGCUGAGCCUGGACUCGAUAAAUGAGGAAUCGAUGACGUACGUGGCGGACAUAUUUCUCGCGCAAAGCUGGCGAGACUCUAGGCUGCGGUUGCCGGAGAACAUGUCUGAAGAUUACAGGAUACUCGACGUGGAUUGGUUGCACAACAUCUGGAGGCCCGACUGCUUCUUCAAGAACGCGAAGAAGGUCACCUUCCACGAGAUGUCGAUACCGAACCAUUAUCUCUGGCUUUAUCACGACAAGACGUUGCUCUACAUGUCCAAAUUGACAUUGGUGCUUUCCUGCGCGAUGAAGUUCGAAUCCUAUCCACACGACACUCAGAUCUGCUCGAUGAUGAUCGAGAGCCUUUCGCAUACGACCCAGGACCUGAUAUUCCUGUGGAACACGACGGAUCCCCUGGUGGUUAAUCCGGAGAUCGAGCUGCCGCAGCUCGACAUAUCGAACAACUACACCACCGACUGCACGAUCGAAUACUCCACCGGAAACUUCACGUGCAUACAGAUUGUCUUCAAUCUGCGCCGGAGACUGGGCUAUCACCUGUUCCACACGUACAUCCCGUCCGCCCUGAUCGUCGUCAUGUCCUGGAUCGCCUUCUGGAUCAAGCCGGAAGCCAUCCCGGCGCGGGUCACCCUCGGUGUGACGUCACUGCUGACCCUCGCCACGCAGAACACGCAAUCCCAGCAGUCCCUGCCGCCGGUGUCGUACGUGAAGGCGAUCGACGUGUGGAUGUCGUCGUGCAGCGUGUUCGUCUUCCUCUCCCUGAUGGAAUUCGCCGUGGUGAACAACUACAUGGGACCGAUCGCCACAAAGGCCAUGAAGGGCUACUCGGACGAGGAUCUUCGAGAGGCCAUCGACGACUUCAAGACGCCGAUGAGGCCGGACGCCGAGAGAAGCAGAAGCCCGACGAGGCCGCCGACGGUGCAGUACGAGCAGUGCUGCCGAGGCCGCGCCACCGCCAUUUUCAUCGACAAGAUCUCCAGAUUCUUCUUCCCGUUCUCGUUCUUCAUCCUCAACGUCGUCUAUUGGAGCACCUUCCUGUAACGCAAGUCGGCGAGCGAGACGCGCGCGCGCGCGCGCUGC